CCGCUAUCUGAGAAACGACGUUGAAUCGCAGCAAUGGCGUUUGACAACCAAUUCGAGGAAGGGGAGCCUUCCUCCCAUCUCCUCUCCAAAAGCUCUUCACUGGCAGUUGUUCCCGAGGAAGACUCCGACAAGGAUGAGUCUUCCGAGGCCCUACCGUUGGGCAACUUCGGCAUCAGACGCAGGCGAAAGAGAGUAGCAACUCGAGUACCACGCAGCCGACUGCGAAGCCUUUGUAGUUUCUGGAGAUGUCGCCAUCUGUACUGUCACAUUCACCCGUUCUCUCGAAGAGCGAUGAUCUGCCGCCUCGUAAAGCGACCAUUCUGGGGUAUCGUGAUCAUCCUCGGUCUCGUCAAACUCGUCUCCCUGAUCUGGUUCAGUCUAGUCUACCUCUUCCCCGACGAUCUGGAUGCCCAUCUCGACGCCUGGGUCUUCCCGGCCGGUCGGCCAUCCAUCUUCUCCCACUGGAGCACCCACGGCGUCCUCCCCGUGCGAUGCCACUCCCACAACGACUACUGGCGCGAUCUACCUCUCCACUCGGCCCUCAGCGCCGGCUGUAUCGGUGUCGAAGCCGACAUCUGGCUCUCGAACAAUGACCUCCUCGUCGGUCACACUCCUUUCACUCUCCACCACGAAGUCACCCUCCGCAGCCUCUACCUCAACCCCCUCCUCGACAUCCUCCAAAAGCACAACACCCGCUCCAGCCAACUUGAACCCGCCCAUCAGCCUGGCGGACCUCGAGCUGGUGUCUUUGGCAGCGACCCAUCCCAAACCCUCGUCCUCCUGAUCGAUUUCAAAGAACAGCCUGAAGAAACCUGGUCCAUUGUCAUGUCGCAACUACAACCCCUUCGCGACGGUGAGUACCUCACCUACUUCAACGGCACGGACAUCAUCACCCGCCCCAUCACCAUCGUCGCAACUGGCGACGCCCCCUUCCACCUCAUCACAGCAAACCAAACCUACCGUGACAUCUUCUACGAUGCGCCCCUCGACCAACUCCCUCUUCUCCCAUCUGGCACCAAUGACCCUGAACCGGACAUCGAACCCAUCUACUCCGACAAGAAUAGCUACUACGCUUCCGUCGACUUCCGCAAGUCUAUUGGAAGUUUGGCUCGCAAUCGAUUUUCGCAGGGCCAGUUGGAGCUCAUUCGAAAGCAGAUCGAAGCUGCGCAUAUGCGAGGCUUGAAGGUCAGGUACUGGGGGACACCGAGCUGGCCGAGAGGACUCCGAAACCAUGUUUGGCAUGUGUUGGUGCGUGAGGGGGUGGAUUUGAUUAACGUGGAUGAUUUGAGGGAGGCGACGAGGCAGGAUUGGAGGAAGCAUCGGAGUUGGUUUUUGUGAUGGUUGGAGGAUGUAUAGACAUAUCUAUGUUGCGAUUUGUGGUAUAUAUUAACGCGAAUAAGAAGUAUAUGAAGAACCUAUCAGAGUGGAACCAAGAAAAAAUAUUAAGAAC